AUGGCUGGUGCUGUCCAGAAAAGUGCCUGGCAUGCCAUCCAGGUUACUCUUUUCUCGAGCUAUGCAAAUGUGUUGCUGGUGUUUGUCUUCCUGGGUAUUUGGUCCGGUGCUCGAGGAUGGGAUCCAUCAGCUGUGUUCAUGUUGAAUUUCUUAGCUAUCUUUCCCCUGGCUUCUUUGCUUUCCUUUGCAACUGAAGAGUUGUCCAAAAGUGUGGGACAGACCGUGGGGGGAUUGAUCAAUGCGACCUUCGGAAAUGCUGUCGAGAUGAUCGUGGGAAUUACUGCCGUAACUCAAGGGGAGAUCAACAUCGUUCAAUCGAGUAUGGUUGGCAGUAUUCUGUCCGGAACUCUUCUGGUUUUAGGAUGUUGCUUUCUAGGUGGAGGAUAUGGAAAGGAGACGCUAUCCUUCAACGUCGAUGUCACUCAAAUCAUGUCGUCUCUGAUGAUCGUUGCCUCGACCUCCCUCAUCAUCCCUUCCGCUUUAUACUCGACUACUCUCUGCGAGCUGCCCGACGGAGACGAUUACAUCCUCACCCUAUCCCAUAUCACUUCGAUUUUCCUUCUCGUUUUUUACUUGGUCUAUCUUUAUUUCCAACUGAAAAGCCACGCUCAUCUUUUCGCUAGCACCGAAGAGGAAUCGGACGAAAAGCGCGAAUUAGAGCCCCUCCCCGCUAGCAUCAUUCUGAUCUUUGCAACACUUGGAGUUACCGUCUGUUCCGAUUACUUGGUGGAGGGCGUGGACGGGUUUGUGGAGGUAUACGGAGUCAGUCGGGCUUUCCUGGGGAUGAUUGUCGUCCCCAUUGUCGGUAAUGCGGGCGAAUUUGCCAUCACGGUGAAUGCCGCAAUGGGCGGCAAGCUGGAUCUGGCCAUUGGGGUCAUUGUUGGAAGCACACUUCAGAUCGCGCUCUUUGUAACUCCCUUCUUGGUGCUCUGUGGUUGGGCUCUCGGGCAGCCGAUGUCUCUGCGGUUUAAUACUUUCCAAACCGCUUGCUUCUCCCUUGCUGUGGUGGUGAUGAACAGUUUGACUCGCGAGGGGAAGUCGAAUUACUUUGAAGGGUUAUUACUGAUCGGGACGUAUUUGAUCAUCGCGAUCGCAUUUUACGUACAUCCGGAUGUUACCGAUCAUCUUGCAAUAGCCUGA